CUCCAUAUAGUAAGUGUGCAUUCCUUGCAUGCACGCACGGAUGCGAGGGGCCAAGCUGCCGCUGCCGGUCGACUUCACGCCACCCAACGCCGACACAACAGCGCAAUGGAAGCGUCUGGCUGUCCACACCAAGGACCAACUGGUCAAGCUGUCGCGGUUGCGCGGCGGACGGGUGCGAUGGACUAGGUCCUCGGACAAGCACGGCGUGCAGGUGUAUCGUGGAGCGGACGAGGAGGCGCCUCCAGGCUUACACACGUGGUGCGCUGUGACGGAAGUCCAAGCCACGAUCGACGAAGUGGACAACCUGUUCCGCAGCGACGCGAGUCGGUCCGUGGGGUUGAUCGAGUCGGCGCAGUUGUUUGACAAGAACGUGCUCGAUGCGACCAUCGUACACACGUUAGAAGACACCCCCGCGGCGUCGCUUGGAGUCCAGUGGCUGCUCACGCGGCCGAUGGGGACGUUCUCGUCGCUUCGGGAUUGGUGCCUGCUCACGUACACAAUAGCAACUACGGUGCAAGGGCGGCGUGGCUGGGUGCGAGCGUACACGUCGGUGGACGUGGACAGCUGCCGCCCGUCCGCCAACGACCGCGACGACGCCGGCGGUCGAGGAGGGUACGUCCGUGGGCACCACCUGUGCAGCGGCUACGUCGUCAUGGAGUCGACGACAAAGCCCGGGUUUCUGCAUGUCCGGCUAGCCAUGCAAUCCACGUUCCAUGCGAAAGACGCCGCCUCGAUCAAGGCCUUGGCGGCGAAAUGUCAGCAUCUCGCCGCGUUGGACCUACGUCUGCGGUCGUGUCGCUUGAGUAGCAACCAGCCCAGCAAUGUCAAGUCCAUGCCACUUGGCGUCCCUGCUACUGCAUGUGGCCACUGCAACAAGUUAUUUCGGUUGUUUACGAUCAAAACCACAUGUCAAAAGUGCAAUCAGGUGUAUUGCCGGGUAUGUUGUCCUCAGUGGCGAGUUAUGCCCCAAAGUGUCGGCCCAGCCAGUACCCUCCGUGCAUGUCUGCCCUGUUCGUUAACGAGCUCCAUCAAGCCAGCUCGGCUGUCGUUUACUGGUUCACGACGCACGGAAAUGGAUGUGAUUGAAGUUGAAUCGACUGAUGUGGAUGUAUCGAGAGAUGACGCUGCGCUCGGCGCACUCUUCAACGACAUCAAGCAGCGGUGCUCCAUGGUGCUAGCAGAAGUGGACCCGCAGUCCCGCGUAACCAAGGCGGACGCGGCUUCGUUGUGGCCCCAGCCCCUGCACGGGAAGAACCAUCCGUUCCAGCGGCUGUCGCAGUUUACUGAACCUCUGUCGCAGUUUACUGAACCUUCUCUGUCGCAGUUUGAACCGCAUGUUGUUCAAGUGCAACACAGCAGCCAUAGUGCCAAAGGAAGACGAGCGUCAUCCGUUCACAAACAGGCCACCGACCGACGGAGACGACACAGCACGUUGAUCAUGCACGACGGAUCAAGUGACGACGGGGGGUCGUACAUGCGACCGGCGACGCGGACGCUGCUCGAAGACGACGACAUGGCACGCCAGAUAUAUCAAAACCGACAAAGUGUGCUGCAGAUUAUUUAAUAUGAUUGGCCAAACUUGGCUGGCCUGUCGGACGUUCACCCGCUCAAUCAGGAACACAACCGUUCGUAAAUAGGUAGUUGUUGUACUGUAGUGGUAUAGUAAGCUUACUAUAUUACAAUACUACUAGGAGUACUCGUCACCUACUAUAAAUAUUAAUAGUAC